AUUGUGACAAAUUGAAAAUUGUUGAAAAUAUUCAGAAUUGAAAAUAUUCGAAGAAAAAAUUAAAUUUUAUAAUACUUUUCGACUUUUCUUCUCUUAAAAUAGAACAAAGAAGUCAAGAAAUAGCCGUAAAUGAUUAGUUUGAACCUUUUCGGGGUCAUUUUAAAAUGAUUAGCUAACAUUAAAACAGUUCUACAGUCACUGCGCAAACUAAAAACGAAAUACCAAUUCCAGUGUUUUCAGCAUGUUUAAAAGUCGAGGCGAUAGUAAUAUUGUUUACAAAUGUACUGUACGGCUAUUAGAAGAUACUGAAAUAUUAGAAUGUGAAUUCCACCCGAGCUAUAAAGGCAAAUUUUUACUGGAACAUGUAUGUCAACAAUUGAAUCUUACUGAGACAGAUUACUUUGGACUGCGUUAUGUUGAUGCUGGAGGUCAGAGGCAUUGGUUGCAUUUAGCUAAGUUAAUACUGAAACAAGUUAAAGAUGCUUCGCCAAUACUGUUUAGUUUUCGAGUCAAAUUCUACCCACCAAACCCUCUGCUGUUAAAGGAGGAUGUGACUAGGUUCCAGAUAUAUUUGCAGCUGAAAAGGGAUCUUCUGCAUGGCAGAUUAUAUUGCACUUCCAAUGAAGCUGCCAUGCUUGGUGCUCUUAUCAUUCAAAUUGAGCUUGGUGACUAUGACCCGAGCAUACACGUCGGAAACUAUGUGACAGAAAUGAGGCUUUUAUUGAGACAAACUGACGCCAUUGAAGCUAGGAUACAGGAGUUACACCGAGAGCCAGUGGAGGGCACGCCGGGCGGUACGGGCGGCGUUAAGGGCAUGACCACACAGGAGGCGGAGCAGACAUUUCUGAAAAUCGCCUGUCAACUCGACACCUAUGGGGUUGACCCGCAUCCUGUCAAAGAUCACAGAAGUAACCAACUGUAUCUCGGCAUCAACCACAGCGGCAUUCUGACGUUCCAAGGCAGUAGAAAGACGCAUCACUUCAAAUGGUCGGAAGUUCAUAAGAUCAAUUUUGAAGGGCGGAUGUUCAUUGUGCAUUUGAAUUAUCCAGAAAAAAAGCAUACGGUGGGAUUCAAAUGUCCGAGCGGGGCUGCGUGCCGACACGUGUGGUGCUGUGCGAUAGAACAGAUGCUAUUCUUUACACUACCGUCAUCGUCGGACGCGUGUGUAUACUCGGGCGGCGGUCUGUUCUCGUGGGGGACUAAGUUCAAAUACUUCGGCAGGACCGAGCGAGAGAUACUGGAGAGGGACGGACUAUUAGCGCCGAGAGAUUCACAGGAAGAGGGAUCCAGUGCGGGCGGGAAGAGAAAAGCGUCCAGCGUUCCCGCCACGCCCUCUACGCCUAUGACCGGAGAUUUUGGCUAUAGCAGUCUUCCUAGGUCGACGCACAGUGCGCCCUUAGAGGAAAGUGGCAUGAUUCCCGACAAUGAGGCCUGUGACGGUGGAUGUCUGCUGAGUGGCCCCACUGUGGACAUCGCGCUGGCUUGCUGCGACCACCUCAGGGCUGUCACUGAGGAGCCCAAACCAUCAGCGGCGUUACCCGAGUACAGCACGCGGGACCCAUUCUCGCACUCGUCAUGCGAGUCUGCCGCGACCACACACGCGACGUACGCGUCGCAAGCGUCGCACGCCGCGGACGACUGGCGCCCGCCCGCGCUGCAGCCUCCGCCCCGCCCCUUCAGCUUACUACGCACCUUCGUGCCAUCCUUCCUGUUCGUAUGGCUCUCUCUCGCUCUCGCAGCGCUCUUGCUCUUCGAGACCGACUGGCCGGUACUGCGCCACAUAAAGCGCAAGCCGGAACUAGUCUCGCUCCGGCAUCACUACUACACGCCGCUAAAGGAGUACCUGAAGAAGAAGGUCAUUGAACUUUUCUGAUUGGAUCGUCACAACGUUGAUUCGUGAUAAGGCACGUGAUUGUGCCUACAUUGUUAGUGUCGUUUUGUGAAUAAAAGUUGCUCCUUCGUAUUGGCAUUUGCUUUUGAACUAAUCUGUGAAACCUUGAUAAGCCAAUGAUUUAUUUAUGUUCCAUAUGACAGACAUUUUCUGAUAAUAUGCAACAGUCUCAAUGCCUAUUUUGAUUUGAUUGACCUAGCAUAGAGCUCUCGCACAAUUCUAUACAAAUCGUAAAGUACAGUACAAAAAGGUUACAUACACUCCUUAUGUAUAAUCUGUAUAGACUAUAGAGUAUCUUUGAUGAAUAUAAUUACUAUUACAAGAUGAGCCAAUCCGAAGUGUAGCAAUUUUUAUUCAUCAGACCGAACAAGUCUUUUGACUUGGAAUCUUGUUGAAUCUCGUUGGAAGUUGCAACUGUUUUCAUGUACAAUGGUAUUCAAAUAAGAAUGAAUCUGACAGUUGUUUAUUUGUGCCAUUCCUUAAUUUAUUUUAAUUUAAGUUGCCGUCUGUACCUUUGCAUAAAUAGUGUGCAAAAAGAAAGAUCAAGUAUUAUAUUUUUAUUUUACAAUAAUUUAAUGAUAUUUUAAGAUUUAAA